AUGACAUCUUCAAAUCUCCUUAGACACCACAGGAAUCACACAGGCAAGAAACCCUUCAAGUGUGAGGUACAUGAGAUGACAUUUGCCCAACUGUCCAAUCUCCUCAGGCACCAGAGGAUUCACACAAGGAAGAAACAGUUCACGUGCAAGGUAUGUAACAAACCCUUCACGAGUUCAACAUUGUUCCUGAUACACCAGAGGAUUCACACAGGGGAGAAACCUUUUGGAUGUGAGAUUUGUGAGAAAGCUUUCAUCCGCUCCUCUGAUCUCAUGAAACACCGGAUGACUCACACAGCCAAGAAACCCUUUAAGUAUGAGGCAUGUGACCGAGCCUUCACACAAUUACUGACACUCGUGAAACACUGA